GGCAUCAUCACCGAAUAUCCCUCAAUCCUAGCUCACAGAGCCCUGGGUUUCAUCGCUAUCGCCCCCCUCCCCGUUGGUUUCUUCUCCCAUUCUAAAAAAAUCUCUUCCACGCCCAUGAUAAAAUCAAACACGCGAGGGAGGAGGGAAGGAAGGAACAGCGUGAGACCGGUUGAGGAGAAGCGAAGGAGGGGCGAAGGGCGGAGCAAUUAAGGCAGAUAGAGAGAGAGAGAGAGAGAGAGAGAGAGAGAGAGAGAGAGAGAGAGAGAGAGAGGGAACCAUGGAGAGGGAGGAGCUCGCGGCGGGGCAAGAAGGGCCGGUGACGUGCGCGGCGUGGAUCCGGCGGCCGGAGAACCGGCCCCUGGUGAUCAUGGGCAGGGCGGGGAGCGGCGCAGUCCCUCCGCUGCUCGAGAUUUUCUCCUUUGAUGCCAAGACUUCUUCCCUCUCCCCUGCUCCUUUGGUUAAGUUUGCGAUUAGGGAAGAGGGAGGGGAUCCCCUGGGCUUCGCGGUGCACCCCAGUGGAGAUGAAAUCGUCUGCUCUACGGCCAAGGGAUGCAAAUUGUUUGAGUUGAAUAGUCAAGAUAUAGACAUAAGGCUUUUGGCAAAAGAUCUUCCGCCUAUUCAGUCUGUUGGUCCUCAGAAGUGUCUGGCUUUUAGCACGGAUGGUUCGAAAUUUGCUACUGGUGGGAUGGAUGGACAUCUCAGGAUAUUUCAAUGGCCAAGUCUGCAAGUUCUCUUGGAUGAACCAAGGGCUCAUAAAUCAUUCCGAGAUAUGGAUAUCAGCUUAGAUUCGGAGUUUUUAGUGUCAACGUCUAUUGAUGGUUCUGCAAGAGUGUGGAAGAUAAGUGAUGGUGUUCCAUUGGUCUGUUUGACUCGUACCCCGGAUGAGAAGAUUGAAUGCUGUCGAUUUUCCAGGGAUGGGAUGAAGCCUUUUCUGUUUUGCACUGUUCAAAAAGGUGGUAAUGUGGUGACUGCUGUCUGGGAUAUCAGCACAUGGACUAGAAUUGGACACAAAAGACUACUAAGAAAACCCAUCUCUGUACUUUCAGUUAGCUUGGAUGGAAAGUACCUUGCACUAGGUAGCCAAGAUGGCGAUAUUUGCAUAGUUGAAGUAAAAAAGAUGGUGAUAUGUCACUGGAGCAAGAAGCUUCAUCUGGGCACAUGCAUUUCCUCCAUUGAGUUUUGCCCUACAGAAAGAGUUGUGAUUUCGACUUCAAAUCAAUGGGGAGCUGCAGUUACGAAACUGAAUGUACCUGCAGAUUGGAAAGAGUGGCAGAUCUACUUGCUACUCCUGUGUCUUUUCUUGGCCUCAGCAGUACUGUUUUAUAUAAUUUACGAAAACUCGGAUUCAUUCUGGAACUUCCCUCUUGGAAGAAAUCAACCUGCAAGGCCAUUGAUGGAAGCCUUGAUCGGGGAUCCUCAGUUUUCGGAUGAUCAAGGCCCAUGGUGAGGAGUUGUCUUUGCAGUAUCAGCUUGCAGUCACCCUUAAGUUCUUCUAAAGGCAACAUCAUUGUCUUAACGCACCAAACGGACAUCGCAACAUUGCUUGGUGUGCUACAAGAAUUCUGUUUGCUUUAGUGACUUGUUCAAAUUAUGCUCAUCUAUUUGAACUCGAAAGCUCAUUGUCUGAUAUCUCUGAGGUGAAUUUAUUAUAUGAUUCCUCCAUUCUAAAUAAAAAAGGAAAUGUUUCUAGCA